UCGUCUCGCGCGGUCCUGCCUCAGAGGCCGUGGCAUCGCUACCUGCUGCCUGGAUUUCGUAUCGGUCCUUAGUUUCGUUCCGUAGCGGUGGAGAGCAUUGCGCUUGGCGAGAGCAAAUCCCACAGUGUCUUGGAUCAUUGGUAAAUCCUUUGGGUGAAUAUGGGAGAUUGAUAACUGGUACCAUGGUGCAUUUUGUAAGCAUGUGAUCUGAUUUUAUCACGUGAUUAACUUUUGGACAACGACGGAUGAUACGAAUUGAUCCAGUACAUCCGUAGCAUGUGCACCGCAUCAGCAUAAGGGCAUCCGCAGCAUCCAUCCUCACUCCAAGGCGCCCAACCAUUGCAGUUGCUAUUGACACCAGAUGCGGCUGGUCUUCAGGGACCCACGAGACAGAAGCUGCAAUGGCACCUAAACGGAAGUAGAAAGCAUAAGCUGUUACACGAGGCAAAACUGUGGUCAGUGUAUCAAGUGAUGGGCUUCGAAUGACAGUCACUGCUUGAGUGUGAGUGGGAAAAAUAAAGAGAGAGAAAAAAAGUGAAAAUACACUGAAGUGAAGCAGAAGAAAAAUAAGAAGAGGUCAAGUAUGACGCCUACCGGAUCGUUACUGGUAUGCGCACUGUGGAUGGCUAGCCUCUGGUCCUGCUCUACGUCUGACCAGGAGGGAGCCCGAUGGACGAGUAGCAACAAGCUUGGCCCUGGGGAGGUCAGUGCCAAGGUGCCAAGCGAAAGGUUCGUCACGCAGAAUAACAGUGUGGUCACCGGGCAGGUCGGGGCCUCGGUUGUCCUGCACUGCAAAACGUCCAGUGCCACAGGAGGGUUGGUCUCGUGGAUAAGGAAGCGUGACUAUCAGCUGUUAACGGUGGGGCUCCAGACUCAUUCCAGCGACGAAAGGUUUACUAUUAACUACGUGCAUUGGGACUGGCAGCUCCACAUCCGGUUCGUGCAGCCGAGGGACGCUGGUGCCUACGAGUGCCAGGUGUCUUCUCACCCUCCCACGUCUCUCUUCGUUCACCUUGAAGUUGUCGAGGCAGAAUCCGAAAUCCUCGGCGCCCCGGAGAAGCACGUGAAGCUGGGCUCCAUCCUCCGCCUGGUCUGUAUUAUGCAUCACACCACCGAGCCGCUGUCCUACGUGUUCUGGUACAGAGGCACUGAGAUGAUCAACUACGAGUCCGAAGAAGGGACCGGGAGCGUGGUGGUGGAGAGCGACGACCACACCAGCGUGCUCAUGGUGACGCGAGCCAGCCGACACCACUCCGGAAACUACACUUGCGCCCCAUCCAACGCGAAGCCCACCUCUAUCCUUGUCCAUAUCCUUAAUGAAUACCCCGCGGCCAUGCAGCACGGCGUGUCAUCGUGCAUGUCCCCUCCCUCUCUGGCGACCGUGGCACUCGUGGCACUGCUCGCUCAGCUGACAGCAGCCUUGACGCUGACCUUGCACCUGCCGCUGUCGCCUCCGAGGCAGCAGCGAGGCUCCACUCGCAUCCCUCUUCAUAAAACGGACGGCAGGACCGCGGCCGAGCGAUGGGAGGAGUUGAGACCUUCCGACGCCCAGGGAGGGCCACGCGGGCAGGGUGGCACUGGCAACAGCUUACUUGCCACGCCCACGCAACGCAAACUGUCAUAGUGGAUAAAGCAGUGUUGCCAACCUUGAAAUGACUGUCCUUUAUAAGGUGGAAUGUGAAGUAUUUUAUCUCGCUGUGAGCACGGUCAGCAUAUUUUCUCUGCCCUGCGAGAAAUAACAGACUUCCAGUCCAAAACGAAUGGACAUUAUCAUGUUUUUUACUAAGGGUUAACUACAGCAUAUGAUAUUUAACUUUUAAACCCGGGUCCAUGAUGUCAGAAAAAAAACAUAGUGACAACAGAUAUUCAUGACUUAUACGGCAGUUUUCUCUCCGUAAAAAUGUACGUAUGUUUACUUCGAUCCCAGCCUUGAAUACAAACUGAUGGUGUGUAAAAGAACAGGAGAUCCGAAUGAUUAUCAG